AUUAACGAGCUGCCGGCCGCCCUUCUCGUUGCAGAUCUGUUCGGAUCGCGCUCCCGCCCGGCGCGCUGCGCUGGCAGCGUCGCUGUGAGCAGCACCAGGAGCUUCGCGCGGCCGCGGGCCCACAAACGAUGCGCCUGAUGCGGAUCUUCGUGAACGACGACCGCCACGUGAUGGCGAAGCACAGCGCCGUGUACCCGACGCAGGAGGAGCUGGAGGCCGUGCAGAACAUGGUGUCGCACACCGAGCGCGCCCUCAAGGCCGUCUCCGACUGGAUCGACGAGCAGGAGAAGGUCGGCGGGGAGCAGGCGGAGGCGGAGGCCAUGGAGACGGCCGCGGAGGAGGAGAACAAGGAGGGAGGGUAAGGAGGCGGCUGCCCCGCGGCGU